AUGGCCUGGGAGAACACAUACCUGCUAUUCCCAAUCCUACUGGUGCUCCUGGCCUCAGAUACUCAGCAGCCAAAAUUCUCCAUCCGGGACCAUCCUGACUCUCACUCCUUCACUGUCACCAUGACUGCACUCACCAUGGGAGACUCGGGCCUCUAUUUCUGUGGGAUCCUUAAAAAUGACAGAACAGUGGCUGUUCUCAGAAGGGUCUCCAAAUCCAACAUGGUUGUUCUCAUAGUCUGUGGACUCCUCAGUAAGACCCUUAUCUUCACUGUCUUGUUUACUGUCUCAUGGAGGUCAUUUGGAGGACAGACAAUGACGACACAACAGUGA